AUGGCCGGCGUACACUCCUAUCCUCUGCUCGUUGAGCUCGAAGAAACCAAAAUACCCAGAUUAAAAAUCAAGUUAGUGAAAUACUUUCAAAGUAAGAAAUCUAACGGUGGUGGCGAGUGUGAGGUGGAGUAUGAAAAUGGCAGCAGGACGGCGAUGGUGCGCUUCCGGAGAGAGGAGGAUCAGAGAAACGUUCUGGCCAAAGAGUCGCAUCAGAUCAGUUUGGAAAAAGGCGUUUUGAAGCUGACGGUCCGCUUACCCACGGAAGAGAAAUCAUCACGGGAAACUCCGUCUGAUGAAGAUAAGAAGAAAUCAGAUGUUGCUGCAGACAAACAGGCGAGUGCUGAUAAAAGCAACCCGACAGUUCAAACAGAAACGGAAGGCGGAGACGAUGAUACAGCAGAUGAAGAGCCAUGUUCCACCUCGGCCGUUUUAGGGAAUAUUCUUGAUAAUACCAACCAGGAGUUCUUGGAGAUGCUGGUGGAAAACAUCACUAAGUCUCAUGACUUCACUUUGGAAUUCUUUCCUGACAUCUCCUCUGCUGUGGUGACUUUCCAGAGUGGAGAAGAAAAUGCUAAUUUUGUGGCAAAAUGCCCCCAAAACAAAAUGUUCACCAAGAAGGGAUUUUCUGUUCAACCUCUCGAAGUCACAAAGCAAGUUCUAGUUGACGACAUUCUACACUUCAGUGAAGAAGUUCUUCAGCUUUAUUUUGAAAAUGAAGGUGGGGAUGUGGAAGAGGUCUUCCUUAAUGAAGCGGAACAGUCUGCUGUCAUCACAUUUAAAGAUCAUCGAGCUGUUCAAAAAAUCUUCAAGAAGAAGCAUUCCAUAAAAAAGGAAGAAAUCAGAGUUUAUCCUUUUUAUAAAACUCUGGGAGUGGCCCUCUACGGCAAAGACAAACCUGCACUAAAACUUCCCGCUGCCAUCUCAGAGCCCAUUGACAGUGCUGUCCUCAGAUACCUAGCUCAAAAUAAAUCAGCAGCAGAGACCAUUUGCAGUGAAAUGGAAAACACUUCUGCAUCGUAAACCUCGGCCAAACCACUGUGACCUUGAGUCCUGUAUCUUCUUUACUAAAGCAAAAGGAUGCCAAAGCCAUCCUCAAAGAGUGGACUGAUACUGUGAAGUCAGCGUUUGCACAAUCUGUGUCAAAGUUCAAAUCUGUGAAGUUCAAUCCAGGUUCAGAUGCAUGGAAAGAGUCUGAGAAAAAGAUCAGAGAGAUGUUACUGAAUGAAAAUGUGAUUGUAGUACCCGAUAAAGACAGAGGUGCUUUAUCAGUGGCUGGUCUUGAUAGUGAUGUCGACAGACUGGAGAAAUCUCUUUCUGAAACUAUUAACAAGAUUGCAAAAACGAUCCACAGGGAGAAAUCAAGUAAAACCGAAGAGAUCAAAGUGUCACCAUCAGUUUUUCAUCUCCUGUGUCAGGAUGGCCUCAUGGACAAACUUCUACUUGUGUAUC